GCACGCCCAUAUAUUCUUUGCUGCUGCUGUUCUUGAUGCACCAAGAAGAGGACGAGUAUGGUGACGAGACUUUCGAGGAGGAAGACGAGACACCGCCGUCAGUGAGUUGGAAGACGAUCAAAUUCGAUGAGAUCUUGUUAGGAGAGCGACUGGGUGGGGGGAGUGUCGGCUUGGUGCACCGUGGGCAGUACAAGGGAGAAAACGUGGCGGUGAAGACACUGUUUGAUCGUCGAAUCGACGAGGGACUGAAACGAGAAUUCCAGGACGAAUUGCUGGUGCUAAGCCAGCUAUCGCACCCCAACAUUGUUCGAUUCUACGGGGCCAGUAUGAUCCCGCCAAACCUCUUUUUCGUGAUGGAGCUAUGCCAGCGAUCGCUAUUCGACCUGCUGCACCAUUGCCGGCGAACUAUUGGUGUGCGGAGGCGAAUAGGAAUGGCGCUGGACGUAUCCAGAGCAAUGGAAUACCUUCACUCGCGAAACCCGCCCAUUAUCCAUCGCGACCUGAAGAGCCUAAACCUUCUCUUGGCCGGAACGGAGGGCCCCGUGAAGUUGUGCGACUUUGGCUUGGUUCGGACGACGGUGACAGCAGCCGGCACAGUUGCCUAUAUGUCGCCUCAGCUGCUACUGGGCCAGCCCUUCAACAAGAGUGUCGACGUAUACGCUUUCGGCGUUCUUUUGUGGGAGAUAUUUUCUCGCGAGAUACCUUUCAACGGAUUCGAAGUUGCAGACAUCCGGGAGGCUGUGGUUAGCGGUGGGCGUCCCACGGUACCUCGAGGAGACUGCCCGCGCGAAAUUUCCAGUUUGAUGUGUCGUUGUUGGAGCGAAAACCCUCAACAACGACCCGCCUUUGGAGAAAUAGAGGAGAUACUACAAGAGUUGCUGCUUUCGACGGCUGCAGCAACAGAACUGGAGGGAACAGAGACCACGGGAGAUUGCCUAGACGACUUGCUCCGGAAAUAG